UUGCGGCCGGUGACUGAGGGAAUCUCGGCCCGCGAGAGUAGAACCGAGCCCGGACUGAUUCGCCUGGGCACCAUCCGGCGUCCGGUUAGCCGUGCACCUUGGUUAUUACUCCCUGACCCGCUAAUUAACCCUCUGCCUUCUGAUUGGGUGGCUGGAAGCGCAGUGGAGGAUGCGCAGCCUCCGGACCGGGGGAUAAAGUUCCGGGGAAAUCAUUUGACGGAAGAAUCAGGAAUAAUAAGCACAAAUGUAUAUGUGUAUGUGCUUGGAAUUUCUAUUCUGAGACCGGACCGGCUUCCUUCCAAGGAAGUAACUCCCAGUCAACAUGUUCUGGAAGUUUGAUCUGAACACAACCUCACAUGUGGACAAGCUCCUAGACAAGGAGGAUGUGAGUCUUCAGGAGCUAAUGGAGGAGGAUGACCUACUCCAAGAGUGCAAGGCCCAAAACCGGCGGCUGCUGGACUUUGUAUGCCAGCCACAGUGCAUGGAGCAGCUUGUUCAGCUCAUCACACAGAAACCUCCCAUGGACAUGGAAGAAAGAGUCCGCUUCAAGUAUCCUAAUAUUGCAUGUGAACUGCUGACGUGUGACGUGCCACAGAUCAAUGACAAGCUGGGUGAAGACGAGAACCUCCUGAGCAUCUUGUAUGACUUCCUACAACAGGAACCACCGCUUAAUCCGCUGCUGGCCAGCUUCUUUAGCAAGACUAUUGGAAACCUGAUAGCAAGAAAGACUGAGCAGGUAAUUGGGUUCUUAAGGAAGAAGGAGAAGUUUCUCACCCUGGUGCUGAAUCACAUAGGAACAUCAGCCAUGAUGGACCUUCUACUUCGUCUCAUUAGCUGUGUGGAGCCAGUCCCAUUGCGGCAAGAAGUUUUAAAUUGGCUGAAUGAGGAUAAACUCAUCCAGAGAUUAAUAGAUCUUAUCCACUGCAGCCACGAUGAGGAUAGACAAUCCAAUGCAUCUCAGACCCUAUGUGAUCUCAUCCGACUGAGCAGGGAUCAGUGUAACCAGAUGCAGGAAACGCUGGAGCCAGAUCCCUUGCUGGUCACAUUGGAAUCGCAACAGUGCGUAGAACAGCUGCUGCGCAAUAUGUUUGAUGGAGAGCAGACUGAAAGCUGUGUUGUCAGUGGAACGCAGAUCCUGCUGACAUUACUGGAGACCAGGAGGCCAAGUGUAGAUCCCUUACUUGAUUCUCUUCCACAAGGAUAUGAUAGGCCUCCUCCUGUCAACAGUAGUAUUCUUCAGGCAAUAGAGCCACGGUUAAAGGAUUUUCAUCACCUUCUUCUGCAUCCGCCGAAGAAAGAAUCAAUCUUGACCACAAUUGGAGUGCUGGAGGAGCCUCUGGGAAAUGCCCGUCUGCACAUAACUCGGCUCAUUGCUGCCUUGCUGCAUACCAACACUUCCAGUAUUAACCAAGAGCUGUGCCACCUUGGCACCAUGGACCUCUUACUUGACUUGUUCUUUAGGUACACCUGGAAUAACUUCCUCCACUUCCAAGUGGAGUUGUGCAUAGCAGCUAUCCUGUCCCACUCAUUGCGUGAUGGGAAAAAUGCAGUAACUGAGGGGAAAAAGGCUGAAGAGGAAGAGGCACUUAAUGGAAAUGCAGAAAACACCCAAACUUCCAUACCUGAGCAGGAGGAUCUCAUGGUCACACAUCUCUUUCAGAAAUGCUGUUUGGUCCAGAGAAUACUGGAUGCCUGGGAAACCAAUGACAAGAUUCAGACGGAGGGUGGUAGAAGGAGAGGAAAUAUGGGGCAUCUGACCCGCAUUGCCAAUGCAGUUGUUCAAAACAUGGAGAAAGGCCAGAUGCAGGCACAGAUCGGUGACUUCAUUACAGAUCUACCUGAGGACUGCAGAGGGAGAUGGGAGAGCUUUGUGGAGGAGACUCUAACUGAGACAAACCGCAGGAACACAGUGGACUUGGUGAGCACACAUCACCUCCACUCAUCCAGUGAGGAUGAGGACAUUGACGGCUCCUUUCCUAAUGAGCUGUCUGUGCAGCAGGCCUUCUCAGACUACCAGAUCCAACAGAUGACUGCUAACUUUGUCGAUCAGUUUGGCUUCAAUGACGAAGAAUUUGCUGAGCAGGAGGACAACAUAAAUGCUCCCUUUGACCGCAUUGCAGAAAUCAAUUUCAACAUGGAUGCUGACGAUGACAGUCCUAAUGCUGCCUUGUUUGAAGCCUGCUGCAAUGAGCGCGUCCAGCAGUUUGAUGACGAAGAGGAAGAUAUAUGGGAGGAGAAGGAAAUUGGCUAUGGUACUCAGGUCAAGUCUAGGAUGCGAUUUGGGGUUUCUCAGUCUUCAGAAGACUCAUCCCGUAGUGAUGUGGAGAAUGGGGAGCCCACUGGCAGCCCAGCAUCUGAUGAAGAGGAUGAGGGGGCAGACCACGGUGUAGAGACACCACCAGCCCUUAGUCCCAUCAGCAGCAGCCCCCCCACACAAGACUCAGCCACAUCCUCUGAAGAGUCCGGAUGGACAGCUGUGUUUGAACCUGUCAACUCCAAACCCCCAGCACCUUCCGUGGCUUUGGAUGUAGGGUCCAGCGUCUGGGAUGCACCCGUUCCUGAGACAUCAUCCCCAGAGGAGAAGGGGUGGGCCAAGUUUACAGACUUUCAGCCUUUCUGUUGUUCAGAGUCAGGACCACGAUGCAGUUCACCUGUGGAUACUGAGAGCAGUGGCUCCGAGGGACAUACUAAGCACAGUCAGGAUAAAUUUUUCAGCACCACCUCACCGUGUGCAUGGAAUGUGUGCGUCGCCAGGAAGGCUGCAGUAAUUGGUUCAGAUAGCGGUUCCUCAGGAGGCUCCGACAGUGAAGAAGAGGAGAAGAUAAACAUUGUCACAGAGACUAUUAGCACAGGAACUGGGCAUGAGACCAUCAGGCUCAUCAUGGACACAAAAAAUGAGAAGGCCACCUUCAGCAGAAUCUUUACACCUGCAGGUAACCCUGAAGGUCUUGCCCUUGAUCAGCUGAAUAUCACAGAUGUUAAAUCCACAAAGGAACUUCAUAGCUGUAACAGCAGCAAUGAAGAUCAGUCCCCAGAUCCGAGCGGAGCUGCACCAUCUACCACAACCACGCCGAGCACCUGCAGGGACAAGGGCUGCAGUGAUCUCGCCCUGACGCCUGAAACAACACUCAACGGGCCAGCGUGACAUUGCUGAAGCUGAGAGCUACAUCUGGUCUGAGGCAGGACCUCAUACUCCCAGGGACCUGUGCGCUGUUGCACCCAUGCCUCAUUUAUUUGGAGAACUUUCUUUGAGUAAGGCUGAGAGUGUGCUGCAAGGGGGACAUUAGUACAGACUGAUCUACAGACAACUUGGAAAUGUAGCACGGGGUCUGUGUAUGGGAACCAGCCCCGCAGAUACAAUGAAAUGGAUUACUGCCUCCUAAACAAGCAGCUUAUUUCUCCACUACAGGGGACUCGCAGAUCAUCUGGGAAAAUGAACAUUGAUGAUAAAGAAAGAAGCUUUGGCUCCUAACCUGGAGUCCCUCCUGCAACAAGCAAUUCUUUUGUGUUUUUGUUAGCAAUAAUCUUCUGUGUUUUGCUGCGGAUGUCCUGGCACGCCUCUGCCUGCUUACAUGGGCUAUGUUCCUAGCAACGUGAAGCAGGGCUGGUGUUUCCCAGGACAAGUUAGCAUGUUUGAUAUAGACAGUUAGCCAUCAUAUUUUGUUCUGUGCACUUUAGCUGUUUCCUUAGACAAGAAAGAAAAACGUCUCCCAACAGAGGGAAGCUCAUUUAUUGUCGAGUAACUGAACCCAUCACAUGUACAUUUUGCCCUGCCCCAUGAAACAUAUUCUGGGGUAUCCAAUUGUUUAUCAGAAAAAAUACCUCUUGUAGCAUUGAAUUGCGAGACCCUGGAUGUUGUAAUAAGAUGUACACCUGCUACAUAGGGAAGUACAGGGAAGAGACCUCCCUUUUUAUGUUUUUAUUUUAUAUCUUUGUUUUUAUGUAAAAAUUGAUAUUUUAAAUGCAGGUGCUGUGUACCUUCUGCUUGUCACUUGCCUAAUAUCUCAGCA